GGACAUAUGGGAGUUUCAUAUAUAUCACACCUUUGCAACAUGUUGGCAAAUACAACGUACCCGGACACUAUAAAUGAACGCUAGAUGCCAGCUGUCUGUACACAACUGACAUCAUGGAGAAAGUCAUCAUUUGCAGCAUUGUCGCUCUGAUAUCACUAGUUCUCGCUGCAGGAUCUGGGUUAGAUAAAUCAAGUACACUGGAAUCCGUGAUUGCCCGACUGGCUUUCAAUGACAGAACAACUCGUAGCAAAACCCUAGAGUCCAGCCCAGACAAGCAGAGAGAUGGGGAAAACAUCAACGCCAGACUCGAGGAUGUGGAACGUCAGCUUUUGGCAUUUAAAUCAACACUAUUGGAAAGGAGAACCCCGUGCACAUCCAAAAGAUCGCAUGAAUUCGUUUCUUUCCAAGUGAAAUUAAAUCAACAUAAGGUUGUCCAGAAGCAAGAGGUUCUCAAAUUUGACACAGUCACAGACAACAAGGGAGGAGGGUACCAUGCUACUUCCGGUAUAUUUGAAGCUCCCGUGUCCGGCACCUACCUCUUCUGGGCCAACAUCCUGGGAUAUAACAAUGGGUACCUAAAUAUUGCAUUGAUCAAAGAAGGUGUUACACUUGCGAUUGGGUAUGGUUUGUAUGAAGAUAAAUACAGCGUUGCACCUCUUACCUUCAUGACGGACAUGAACGAGGGGGAGAAAGUCUGGUUUACAAAACAGCAAGGAACAUUGAACAUUUAUGGCAACUUCUUCUCCUACUAUGGAGGAGUCCUCCUUCACGCAGCCUAAAGUUAAACAACAAAUGCCAGUAAUAGGUUUCAUGUCUUUGAUGUUGAUUUGACAUUUCAAGCUCGAAUCACCUGAGACAAAAGAAGAUAUGAUUUGGAGGUCUGUUUGAAAUGUUCAAUAAAAAUUUCGUCUCUUCCCUUCAA